GAGUUGGCGAUCGAACCUCAUUCGUGGGGAUCUCGUCAGCGAUGAAUUUAAACUGUCGAAGUCAUAGUUACUCUGAGUGUGAACAAAACAUUUACUUUUUUACAAAUUUUUUAUAAGACAGAUGAAAAAUGGCAAUACAUUCCAAAUAAUAUUAAUAAUCUAGUAAUUGCUCAAGUUGUGCAUAUUAAAUUAAAAACGACCGUGACGCGUUAAUUGUGAUAAGAAAAUCAUAAAAGAUUACGAAUGAAAAUUUAUUCAUUGCACUUUAUUGUCUACCCCAUUGUUUAGCCCUGCACUACAGAAAUCCCACUAGGAAAUUCGUAACGCGUAAGUCGACUUAAGGAAAGGGAACGGAUACGUGUAAAGCGAAGGAAAUAGGUCGUACCGCGGUCACCCGGCAAUCAACGUGUUAAUUACUAUGUUAAUUAGUGAACAACCACAGACAGUUCUGUCGGUCGCGCAGUCAACGCCUCCUCCUCUUUGCACGGCUGACCCUUAACUCCGCGUUCCCUUCCCCUCGAGCUGGCAUGAAAGCACAUUAGGUAGCCGUUUUCAUCGUGGUGUCGACAGGUGAUGCGCCCAUAAUGGCCAAUGGCACGCUCCGAAAAGGGCGUGAUUAAUUUUCAUAAUGGCUGCUUCGACGACUUAACGAGAAUUUCUCGUCACGGUUCACGAAGAAUCGCAAUUCUUUUAUUUUGCCGGAGAAAGGGCAAUUAUUCGGCAAAUGUAUCUUAACACUCGCGUCCAUUUUAAUUUUCUAUGAUUAUUAUUUCAAAAAAAACUAAUAAUUACUAAUGUAAAUGAGAAGAACCGGGAAUUAUUAUUCGAUCCAUUUAAUGCCACGUUUCAAAGAGAAAUGUGGAAAGUACCAUUAGCUUUCGUAGCCAGAGUUCAGAGGUAUUUUUCAAGCUUUUCCUGACAAAGUCCGUAGGUUUCUUCUGUUCGAACCACUAAAGUGUGGCAAGCUUUAUUAACCUCGUUAGACACGAUGGCCGACUGAUAUUUCGUCGGCGGCUGGUUUAAAACGCGAAAUCAAAGAGAAUAACGAGGAUGGAGUUCCUUUGUAAUAACAAGGUUACCACUUCACCUUGUACCAAGACGCUCUUCAACCUUUUUGAACAUCUUCUUUCCAGAAUUCUCUCAAUGAAGCCAGUCGUUCUGAAGCGCGUUCCAACUAGUUAUGACUUGAACGAGGAAGCAUAAAUAAAAAGGAACUGCUACAGGAAGAAAGAAAUCGUUUCGCUCGUUCACGAGAUAACAAUUUCAUCCUUCAAGUCUUUUGGAAUGUUCAUUAUCCUCUUUUCACAUAAUAUCCGCUUCCUUUCUACCGUAACCGAUUAUUAGGAAUAUAGUUUCGACGAAACAGACAAAAGAAAAAAUGAAGAAUAAUUUGUUAAUUAAUUUGCGAGCUAAUUUUUCUUUUCUAAUCGACAGAUUAAUUAGAAUUGUUAGAAGCAUAAUUGAGCCGCGGAUUUCGGGUGUACAUUAAAAUGCUCCACGAAUGGAGCUAUCUCUUCAUUAAUUAUCACCCAUUACCACCUGCUUGAUACGAAAUCAUUCCCGUGAUUUAUGUUCCAGCGUGAUUAAGCCCGGGAAAAGAAUGACGCUGAUCAUUUUUCACGUGUGCUGAACCACGUCCUCGUUACGCGAGCACACGCGUGCAAAUCACGUGUGCUGCUCGAGAGGAUUGGUAACCAAAAUCGGCCGAGUUGAACGUCCUUCUCUCACCUGCGCUAGAGGUUUUUGUCCCGAUUACAUAAAGACGUCCGGCUGCACGUGCAGCUUGCUUUCUUACGCGCCUUGGAUAGAGAAUCAUAUUCCUAUACAAUUCAAUUGGCACGUCUAAACGAUGAUUAAUUUCAAUUCAACCAAUUUUUUUUUUUUUUUUUCGGAAGACUGAAGUUGUUAGGUGACGAAUAAAUUCGCGUAUUUUGCUCUAAAGUCUUUUCUAAAGAACCGAAACAAUCUAGAUAAAUAUUACUUUUAUUAAAAAUGUAUGCUUGAAAAGAAGAGGUAACACCUGUGCAGAAACAGACGCCGAAUACCAGCACGAUCGGUACGCGAGAUUAAUUAUUAAUAGUUUCGUACGUUCGAUCGGUCGAUAAUUCGCGUAUACGUAAUUAAUUAAUCCAGCGGAAAUGCAAUGGAUGCUACUGACAAGCAGUACGUAAGCCACGUUAAAAGGCUUUCUGAUGAAUCUCAUGGACGGCGAGUUCCUUCGUCGAGUUUGCAAUUAAUCAAUUUGUCGCAUUUGCCAUGGAAUUCGCACGCGACGUUGUUGACGAUGAUAUCGCGGUGACCGGAUGUUAACGAUCACGAGAAAUCGCGUGUCGGAAGCAGAAUGAAAAUUGGUCGGUUACGGGAGCAUUUAAACAAAGAGAAAGUUUCAUACAAUUAGGUACUUUGAAUCGAGUACAAAAUUAAUGAAAGAUAAAACCUAAAUAGAUAAACGGAAAUAGGACAACAGCAUUAUUCUUAGAGUUUCAAAGAAUCUAUGAAAUCAAAAUCCGAUAUCAGUCGCGUUCGGUAUCUUUUCACUGAAGCUUUUCGACAAGGGUGAAUUCACGAAGGGUGCUCGUUGACGUCGCGAAGAUAGGGUGAAAAUAAAGCUCUUUCUAGAAGAAAGGGAGGAGGAGGCUAAAACGAUAGUCACUGACAUGGAAAAAGGACUGCUUCGAAGUAACCGACACGAAAGAAGGAAGUCACUCGUGUGUGACAUGGUGAUGCAACGAGAACGGGUCACCUGUGCUCCGUAGAAGAUAAUGCAUUUAGAAUUUAGUUACUGUAGUUUCCUAUUAUCUGAACACUAUUGUUUUCCUAUUAAAGAUGCAAUUCUAUUUUAUGCGUAGAAAAUGUAUUCGAUUAAAAAUUCUGAAGAUAAAUACAGAAAUAGAAAGAUAUCACUUUUCCUAUCCAACGCUCAUAUAUUUCAAAUUCUAAUUUCUCAGUAUAAAAUAAUUUUUUGAAUUUUAAUUGAUAAUCAAAAAUUGAUCAAAAUUAUACUAAAAAUGUUGUCUUGAAUUGUAUCUCAUACUUGUAACGGAGAGGUAUCUGAAUAGUUCUGAAUAGUUUGCGUUGAAGUUCCUGAGGAGGUUUGGUACAAUGCAUCGUGAAGGGCGCCACCAGUCGGGUAGAGUUUACUGGCGAGAGGACCUGUUCCUUUAGAAGCCCGAGGGCUUUUUUGGACGCCAGGUACGGCGUGGGUGGGCCCAAAGCGGUAGGCUGGACCGGCCAACCUCGUGUCUGCAUCAGGAUUCGGUUUUUUUGUAACGAAAUCGCCCCAGGAAUCUUUCGCUUCUACCUCGCUUCUAUUCCGGAUCUUGUCGGACUUGCUUUUGAAUCUCUGCUCUUGCGUUAUUUUUCGCGUGCCGAGAUAUCCAAAUAAAGUAGCAAAUGAUAGAAUUUAUUUAACACAGCCCUUUUUGCGAAUUUAUAAUUGAAGAUCUAUGAAAAGGAUCAAUAGUAAAGCUAAAGAGAAUCCCACAAAGACCAGGUUUCCUUCACGAGUUUCAAUUUAAAUUUGAAGCUGUCGCAAAGUUUCUCUGGUUAAUAACUUUUCGACGUAAAGAACCGUAUAAUUGAUCCUCCGGAAGCGUAAUUACCUGGCAAGCCGGCAAGCCUUUUAUAUUCCCGAGAAAAUUUUAACAUCGCUUUGUUCGCUGACGCGUGCAGUGGUUCUCUCAUAAUUUGCGGUUCGGGUUGUUUCGUAAAAUAUGUAUAUUCCAAACAAAAGCCGCUACUCGGGCUGCUUUACAACGGUUCUACAAAACAACUCGUUAGCAUGCGCCUUGACACGGCAUUCUCGAUGUCAUGACAAGUUUGUAAUUCCUCUAUCUUUAAUUUGCUCGAGUGGAAACGUCGAUUUUUACGAUCGACCAUGGAACACGCUUUUCGCGCCUACAAACCUUGUAAUAACGCGCUUAACGAGCGGUAGUCUCAUUAAACGGAUAUUUUAUUCGCUUCGUUACUAAAAGACCGUAAGAUUAUUUACAAAAAAAAACCGGAAAAUUAUGCCAAAGAUCUACAAUUUUUACGACUUGAUUUAGAAAAAAAUAUUCAAACUAAAAUUUAUUUCGUUCUGUCGAAAUCGCAAUUCAUUUUAAUUUGACACAUUUAAGACUGUAAUUAUAGGUUUCGUAAUCAGAAUACCUAUGUUUACCGCAAGCUACUGGUCCCUUGAUUGUUAUUUAUCACAACAAAACAGCAUCCACUACUGAGCACGAUAAUUAUGUCCAUAUUGAUGAAUUUGCCUGGCCAAACAUUCGCGAGGAUCGUUAAAGGAACGGGAGUAUUUCGCGGAUUAAUUAAAGCAUACUCGUUGUUUAUGUAACCGAGCACGAUGUGCGCGUCAAAUCAACACAGGUGUCGGCUAGUUAUACAAUCUACCACGUAACAAGUCGAGCAGUAACGAGUCUAAGCUUUGAAGUCGUCGCGAAUUAUAUUUCACUUCGAACAAUUGUGACCCAAAUCAACGAAACGUGGAUAAUUUUAAGUCGAGUAAAAUUAGGUGAUCCCUAAACCGCAUCACUGCGAAGCCUGUUGAAAAUCGUGGCACUCGUGUCUGAAACGCACCGAUCCUCGAGUGCUCGCAGUUUCGAGCUCGCCGAGCGUACUUUCACUCGGUGCCCGUUGAUCGGUCGAAGAAGCGGGCGAAGCGGAAGGCAGAAGAGGCGCAAAGUGAAACGCUGACACUCCCCGUCCCUCUGUUCCUCUUACCACGAGUUGAUUGACCUCGAGGAAAGGCAGCAGGAGGUGGCCAGGUCGAUCGCGUCAGGAGAAACAGAAGGAGCGGGACAACGUCGAGGACGACGAGCGCGACGAGGAGUGGCCGAGAAGAAGAAGAGCAAAUUGGUGCUCCCGGUAGCAGGGACCCAUGAAUAGCGUGGAGGAGAAGUUGCGUAGCGUGACGAAGCGCGGGAGCAAACGCGGCCCGCGUGGAACCGGGCCAGCCGCAUCUGAUUGGUCGACAGGGGCCCGUUCCUCUAGUGGGGCUAGGGUACCUGCCCCGACUGCCCCUUCUACGGCUCAAGCGAGCAGCUCCGCUUUCAACAGGCCCCAGGAGUCGAUGGGACCUACCAGGCGGCAGUCCUCGCGGGACAGCAUCGACUCGACGGGCCAACAGGCCCCACCCGAACACGGCGAGCUCCUUUUCAAGGUGAUGCUACUUGGCGACAGUGGCGUCGGAAAAACCUGUCUUCUAACGCGAUUCAGAGACGGUCGCUUCCUGUCCGGCAACUACAUAACCACCGUUGGCAUUGAUUUUAGGAAUAAAGUGGUCGUAGUCGACGAUACGUCUAUCAAGCUUCAAAUAUGGGACACGGCCGGCCAAGAGAGAUUUCGUAGUGUAACACACGCUUAUUACAGAGAUGCUCAUGCUCUUCUAUUGCUUUACGACGUGACGAACAAGACGAGCUACGACAACAUCAGGGCUUGGCUUAGCGAAAUACGAGAACACGCCAACGAAGACGUGGUCAUCAUGCUGUUGGGUAAUAAAUCCGACUGCGGAACGGAACGAGUCGUGAAGAGGGAAGACGGUGAGCGGUUGGCGCAAGAGUACAAAGUCCCCUUUAUGGAAACCUCUGCUAAAACCGGCCUGAACGUUGAAUUGGCCUUCUUGGCUGUCGCCAGAGAGCUGAAGGCUAGGAAGAGUAGCGAUCCCGACGAUACGAAAUUCAACGUCCAGGACUACGUUCGUCAACAAUCUCAACGAAAUUCUUGCUUCAACUCCAAUUGCCUGACGACCUGAAUUACGAAAUAAUUCCAUGCGCAUGCUUCUCUACGAUAGAUAGGGAGAAUGGUGGAACACGAACCGGAACUCGUUGGCCGUGAAAAAAGGCGCCAAAUCAUAGGCGUUCGAAAGUUCGUAUUUGUCCCGGAAACAUUGACCAAAAGUUCAAUUUUUCCAACAAGCACAAUUGUUUUACAAAAAUUUCUAUCUAAACAACAAAUUAUUUAGACAAUAGAAGCAGAAUUGAUUUGAAAUUUUCAUUAAAGAAGUUUGUUCCACCGGAAACGUACAAGUACCCUUUUUCGAAGCACAAAUAAACCCGCGGGAAGGGGAUCAAUAUUUUUGAAAGGAACCGAUAUGAAACUGUUGUUAAUGAUACGUGUAUAGAAAUAUAGAAAUAUUUAUCGAUGGUUAAUUCUGUACUGUACAUUAAUGUGAAUAGCAUGAUGCAGGGGAGGCUACCCUCAAUAUGAUAUAGAAUUUAGGAAAUGUCUCAAUGGUUCUAACUUGUGCAUUGUACACCUUGUUACACUGUUAGAAAAAAAGAAAAUAUAUCACGUGAAAGCUCAUCGUGUACCAAGUAGAUCGAUGGUUUUAGAACAAUCAUCGCGUAGAAGAGCUUUCUAACAAUAUUCCAUAGCUGCCAUAUAUACGUAUACACAGACAGGUUGCAGAGUACACUAAAUAAUUUUUGGUUAAAAAUCUUUUUCUCGUAGUUUUUGAAUCACAGCUAAGUGUACUCAGAAUCAUAUAAAUUAUAAUCAUAAUAAUCGUUAUUUUAUUUCGUUUCAAAAUGAACGUAAUCGUGUAAUGGCUGCCACGGUCACGUGACCAUACCUCGUUUUCUAUGCAGCGGUCCCACGCAAUGCAAUACUUUCGAAUGAUUUGAUUCGCACUUCAAAGUCCCCAAUUUUGCAUAUUGUAUUACUUUUAUAAAGUUAAAAUGACAACUUGCUGCGAAUUUUCAAAAUUGAGGAACAUUGAUCGCUUAAUUUCGUAACAGUUUCAAAAUUGCAACCGGCAACAAUUUGUGACAACAAUAAAGAAGCCGGAACGGAAUGUAACCGUACAGGUUAUCAGUUGUAUAUGUACAAUUUAUCUUAUUAAAAACAUGUACAAACGAUAAAACAAUUAUAUGUCAAGUGUAUAGCAAAAGAUAUACAUAGAAAAUAAACAAUCACUCGACCAAACAUAA